UAAGCUGUCGAAAACUAGUUUCUGAACGCCCAUGUGUCAAAUAUAGAGAGCCAAAUUUUAUAACCUAUAACGUGUCAACUUUGUCAAACAAACAACGCAGGAUUGUUAUUUAUCGUAAAACCGGGCAUCAACUAAUAUUAAAACUCAAAAUGUUGCCUCUAUCGCUACUAAGGACAGCACAAAACCACCCUAUGUUAGUCGAAUUGAAGAAUGGCGAAACAUACAACGGUCAUCUUGUCAGUUGCGAUAAUUGGAUGAAUAUUAAUCUCAGAGAAGUUAUUUGCACAUCUAGAGACGGUGAUAAGUUCUGGAGAAUGCCAGAAUGCUAUAUACGUGGGAGUACAAUCAAAUAUUUACGUAUUCCUGAUGAAGUCAUCGACAUGGUGAAAGAGGAAACUCAGGUAAAAUCCAGAAGCCGAAGUGAAGUUUCCAAAGGCCGUGGCGGCGGUCAGAACAUGAGAACAGGUCGCGGCGGCAACCGUGGCGCCUUUGGUAACCGUGGACGGCCCGCUCCCCUAGCCCGAGGCGGCGGCAACCAAGGCAACCGGAAUCCACAGAACAAAAAUAAGAAAUAAAUAGGCAAUAUUGAUGUGAUGUGAAACUGUUUUGUAACGGGAAUGGAUUUAAAGGAUAGGAAAGACAUAAUACAUAAAUAACUCUUUCUUUUUCAAAGAUUGUCAAUCAUCAGGCAUUAUGUCUUAAUAUCGAAGUUAAUACAAUUAAAAAGUCACCAAAUUAAGUUUUGAGGUUAUUCAUGAUUUACAAUUACUCAGCAACAACACGUUCUUCCAUUUCGUAAUGGCUUGUUUUCAAAUACAGAGUUGGAUUUUUAAUAAUUAAGGUCAUAAUAGCUAUCUUCUAUAUUUACGUUAACGAAAGCUUGUCAAAAUAGAAUAUAUAUUUUUCCAAAAAGCUGACAAUGCAAUGUUUUAUGUUUAAAUAUCGUAUUAUAACGGCUUUAUGUGAUAAAUAGAUUCUAUCUAUACUGAUACUCUGAACUUUCCUUUGAAAAAUACGAUUUUGAUAAAAAUGAAAUUGAUUGAUCGAAUUCCCGCCAUUUUGGCUGUCAUUUUUUUUCUUUAUAUUUUUCAACUAUAACACUUCCUUUUUGUUUAAAUAUAAUGUCCUGUUGUUUAAGUUCCUUUUCUUAUUUUGUUAGUAAUGAGAAUCUUACGAUUAUCUUGUACUACUUUACCGCCAAUAUAAUGUGACUUUUCUGAAGACCUUAACUGUGUAUAUCGCUAUUUCUUUCUUGCUACAUUUUUCAUAUAUUUUCUUCUCGCUCACCCUGUAAAUUCUGCUAUUAAAAUUCUAAGCUGCCAAGUUGUAUUGAAUAUGCUGUGGUAGAUUUUUUUAUUGUAUCGUAAAUUAAUAAAUUAAGUUGGUUAAGUAAGCAA